GGGGCCGGCGCCCCACCCGCAGCAAAAGGAGCAGCGUGUUUGCAAAGACAAGCAGUCCAUCGUUGGAGCCUCCGGUACGACAUUCCCACCAGCAGCAUUCCCGCCGUGCGGACAUACAGGACAUACGGGACAUACAGCACAUACAGCACCCAGACGGCGGAGAGCAAAGAGGAGGAGCCCCUGCACACCAUCAUCAGCAACACGGAGAACGUGAAAGGUGCAGCUUCUAAACAUGAGUUUCAGGCUGAAACAAAGAAACUGCUGGACAUUGUUGCCCGUUCCCUGUACUCGGAGAAGGAGGUGUUUAUCCGGGAGCUGAUCUCCAAUGGCAGCGACGCGCUGGAGAAGCUGCGCCAUCGGCUGAUGACAGAGGGGAAGGCCUUGCCAGAGAUGGAGAUCCAUCUGCAGACAGACAGUGGAAAGGGAACCAUCACUAUCCAGGACACAGGUAUUGGGAUGACCCAGGAGGAGCUGGUUUCUAAUCUUGGAACCAUUGCUCGAUCAGGCUCAAAGGCUUUUCUAGAUGCUCUGCAGAGCCAAGCUGAAGCCAGCAGUAAAAUCAUCGGCCAGUUUGGAGUGGGUUUCUACUCAGCCUUCAUGGUGGCUGAUAAAGUGGAGGUGUUCUCCCAGUCUGCAGAGCCAGGCAGCCUGGGCUACCACUGGUCUUCCGAUGGUUCAGGAAUGUUUGAGAUCGCAGAAGCAUCUGGGGUCAGGACUGGGACUAAGAUUAUUAUCCAUCUCAAAGAAGACUGCAAGGAGUUUGCAAAUGAAGACCGAGUGAAGGAGGUGGUGACGAAAUACAGCAACUUCAUCAGCUUCCCCCUGUACCUCAAUGGGAAAAGAAUUAACACGUUGCAGGCUCUCUGGAUGCUGGACCCCAAGGACAUUGGAGAGUGGCAGCACGAGGAGUUCUACCGCUUCAUAGCGCAGGCGUACGACAAGCCCCGCUACGUCCUGCACUACAGGGCCGACGCUCCCCUCAACAUCCGCAGCAUCUUCUACGUGCCCGAGCAAAAACCAUCCAUGUUUGACAUCAGCAGGGAAAUGGGCUCCAGUGUUGCCCUCUACAGCCGCAAAAUCCUCAUCCAAACCAAAGCUGCAGACAUCCUGCCUAAGUGGCUGCGUUUUCUUAGAGGUGUUGUGGACAGUGAGGAUAUACCUCUGAACCUCAGCAGGGAGCUCCUGCAGGAGAGUGCCCUUAUCAGGAAGCUCCGUGAUGUUUUGCAGAAGAGGGUGAUCAAGUUCUUCAUUGACCAGAGCAAGAAGGACCCUGAGAAAUAUGCCAAAUUCUUUGAGGAGUACGGGGUAUUCAUGAGAGAGGGGAUUGUCACAAUCGCAGAGCAGGAUGUCAAGGAGGACAUAGCCAAGCUGCUGCGGUACGAGUCGUCGGCGCUGCCCGCGGGGCAGCUGACCGGCCUGGCCGACUACGCCUCGCGCAUGAAGGCCGGGAGCAGGAACAUCUACUACCUGUGUGCCCCCAACCGCCACCUGGCCGAGCACUCCCCCUACUUCGAGGCCAUGAAGAAGAAGGACAUGGAGGUGCUGUUCUGCUAUGAGCAGUUUGAUGAGCUGACACUGUUGCACCUCCGUGAGUUUGACAAGAAGAAGCUGAUCUCUGUGGAGACAGACAUUGUUGUUGAUCACUAUAAGGAAGAGAAGUUUGAGGAGAGCCGCCCAGCUGGAGAACGUCUGACAGAGAAGGAGGCUGAGGAUCUGAUGGCCUGGAUGAGGAAUGCCUUGGGCUCUCGAGUCACUGGAGUUAAGGUGACGCCCCGGCUGGACACCCACCCUGCCAUGAUCACCGUGCUGGAGAUGGGCGCUGCCCGCCACUUCCUGCGCAUGCAGCAGCUGGCCAAGACCCAGGAGGAGCGAGCCCAGCUCCUGCAGCCCACCCUGGAGAUCAACACUGGACAUGCUCUGAUUAAGAAGCUCAACGAGCUGAAGGACAGUCAGCCUGAUCUGGCCCAGAUGUUGCUUGACCAGAUUUAUGAGAAUGCCAUGAUUGCAGCAGGACUGAAUGAGGAUCCCAGGCCAAUGGUGAGCCGGCUGAACGAACUCCUCACCAGAAUCCUGGAGAAGAACUGAGCCCCCAAGGACUGAAGGAUGAACUCUGUGCUGAUCUCUCUUGCCUCAAGUGCAGCCA